AUGUCGACAACACCAACACCAUACAAGCCCUCCCCGCUCUCCUUCAACAGCCCGCGCCAGUCGCCCUUCCGCAGACCAGGCUCCAUCAGGGAGAGUUCCCCGUCGACAGUGCGCCCUGCGACACCGGGUAGCUCGCCUCUCAAGCCAAAAGACACGCCGACGACUCCCUCACAGGCCAUCCUCCGCCAGUCUGCAACCAGCAACGCCUCGCAAAAUGCACCCUCGUGGCUGAACACACGAGGCACAGCGACAACACCAGAGCCGCUCAGCUCGCCAACCCGAAACAUACCGUCUCCGACGCGACAGGUAUCCUCUUCUACACAACACACCGUACGAGCCUUGAACACGGCAUCAAUUGCUGCCAAGUUCGACACUGGAAGGGAGCAUACACCGCCACCGCUUUCGGCCCAAAAGGCCCUAUCUACUGAGAGAUUGGCGCCCAUAGAGAAAGCUGCAGAGCGUCCAGCGACACGACCAGCUCCACUGACACGCGGCGUGUCGAGCGAUGCGCUGUCCAAGCUACCACCUCCUCUCCUGCACAGCAUGCGCGAAUCCUUCAGCGUCAUGGACCGCGACAAUGAUGGCAGUGUAAAUGCCUCCGAUGUCGCAGACAUGCUAUCUCAGCUCGGUCUCUCCGCCACGCCCUCCCAGCUCUCAGCAUACUUCAAUGGCGCACAAUCGAUCAAUCUAGCAACCUACCUAAACACCUUGUCAGACUUGCUCGGUGGCCUAUCACAUGCAAACGAGCUCAGCGCGGCAUUCGAGGCCUUUGAUGACGGGGACGACGGCCAGAUCGAUCUUGCAGAGUUAAAGGACGCCUUGCUGCAUACUGCACCUGAACCGGGCGAGAAGAAACUGACUGAGCGCGAGAUCGACAUGGUCAUCGAAGGCUUCAGCGGGCGGAGAGCUUUCGGUAAAGGGGGAAAGAGCCUGGGACGGGGGGAGGUAUUCCGGUAUCAAGAGUUCAUGUCAAGUUUGACGGGUGGCGGAAAUGGAGGCGAGAAUGGCGAAGGUGCUGCUGCACCCGCAUAA